CAACCCGGAGGCCGAGAGAGACACACCUGCGUAACCGCGUGGGUUGAGCGAGUGUGGGAGCAAGCUAAGUUAGGGAGGGCGGGGUAGAAGUGGGCGUUUCUGCUGCUCUUGGGGAAGAGGAAAGCUGUGGCUCCCCCCCGUUCCAGGGAUUGUGGUGAGAAGUGCUUCUGAGGAUUGGCCCAAGCCGCUUUUUGUCGCGCCUCUCCACGCCGAGCAUCCUUCGCUGCCCGCCCUGCAACUCGCAGGCUGGUUUUGUUUGGCCUCAGCUGUCUCUCCCAUUUCGUCCGCCCCGCCGUCGGUGCCUUAGUUCCCGAAGCAGCAGACCUCUGACAGCUGGAACUGCGGGCCAGGCAGGACCCCGGCAGCAGAGGGCGCCCAAAAGUUUGGGGACAUCUGCCCGGCUGGCUUGGCGCCCCGCACGUCGUGCAUCUCGAUAGGAAAGUUUCUCCGUGGAAAAGAAGCCCCUCCACCUUUCUCUUGAUCCUGGAGCGCGCGCGCACGCGCUCUGCUCCUCUCCCCCGAGACUGAGCUCGGGGACAGGGUUGUGGCAUUUCCUCUGCCCCUGGCCCGGCUGCCUUGGGGGCAGAGCUUGGGGAAUCCGAAGAGCCAUCCUGAGAACCCUCGACGCAGCGCGGAUCCUGAGAGCGCCGGCGAGCGGGCGAGCUAAGAGCCACAGCCUAGCAAUACCUAGGGUAGCUAGGCACUAAACUGAAUCCGCGAAAGGACGCUCAGGCUGCGCCCCCUCUUCUUCUCUGGCUCAGUUCUCGGCUGGUUUGAGAGGGCACUGCUGCUGAGUGUUGGUGCCAGGACAGCGUGGCUACCCCCCUACCUUGGGGUCUGCAAAAGAAGCCGCCACGGGAACAGCUGUUCCCAUGGCCCUUCACGAGCCUGGAAUUGGACUCUGGACUAGGCGCUAAGAUGAUUGCUUUUGUCUUGUCCAAGUUUCACAUCACGUAUAUUGACGAAUCCUGGACCAAUCGAGAGUCAAGUUCAAAGUGGUACUGCUGAGCUCUCCAUCCCAGACUCCAAGUCUAAUUUGAGACUAGAAGAGAGGAGUCCCCUGCUCUAACUAGUAGAUUCUGGAAUCGGACUUGACUGCUCUCUUCGCUAAUACUUGGACUGCAGUGGCUACAGAGUUUAAUUGGGGGGUAGGGGUGGGGGAUGCUCUGAAGACCAGACCACGACGCUCAGAACCUCGACAAUGGACCGCGUUUAUGAAAUUCCUGAGGAGCCAAGCCUGGAUCCCAUUUCAUCUCUGGAGGAAAAUGUCAUCCGUGGGGCCAACCCCCGAUUUACCUUUCCAUUUGGCAUCCUCUUCUCCACCUUUUUGUACUGUGGGGAGGCUGCGUCUGCUUUGUACAUGGUUAGAAUCUAUCGAAAGAAUAGUGAAACCUACUGGAUGGCAUACACCUUUUCCUUUUUUAUGUUUUCAUCCAUUAUGGUCCAGUUGACCCUCAUUUUUGUCCACAGAGAUCUGGCCAAAGACAAGCCGCUAUCACUGUUUAUGCAUCUAAUCCUCUUGGGACCCGUUAUCAGAUGUUUGGAGGCCAUGAUUAAGUACCUCACACUGUGGAAGAAAGAGGGGCAGGAGGAGCCCUAUGUCAGCCUCACCAGAAAGAAGAUGCUAAUAAAUGGCGAGGAGGUGCUGAUAGAAUGGGAGGUGGGCCACUCCAUCCGGACCCUGGCUAUGCACCGCAAUGCCUACAAACGUAUGUCACAGAUCCAAGCCUUUCUGGGCUCAGUGCCCCAGCUGACCUAUCAGCUCUAUGUGACCCUGAUCUCUGCAGAGGUUCCCCUGGGUAGAGCUGUGCUAAUGGUCUUUUCCCUGAUAUCUGUCACCUAUGGGGCUACCCUCUGCAAUAUGUUGGCUAUCCAGAUCAAGUACGAUGAAUACAAGAUUCGCCUUGGGCCGCUAGAAGUCCUCUGCAUCACCAUCUGGCGGACAUUGGAGAUCACUUCCCGCCUCAUGAUUCUGGUGCUCUUCUCAGCCACCUUGAAACUGAAGGCUGUGCCCUUCUUAUUGCUCAACUUCCUGAUCAUCCUCUUUGAGCCUUGGGUUAAGUUCUGGAGGAGCGGUGGCCAGAUGCCCAAUAAUAUUGAGAAGAAUUUCAGCAGGGUCGGCACCCUAGUGGUGCUGAUUUCCAUUACUGUCCUCUAUGCUGGCAUCAACUUCUCUUGCUGGUCAGCCUUACAGUUGAAGUUGGCAGACAGGGACCUUGUUGACAAAGGUCAGAACUGGGGACAUAUGGGCCUGCACUAUAGUGUGAGAUUGGUAGAGAAUGUGAUCAUGGUCUUGGUUUUUAAGUUCUUUGGAGUGAAAGUGUUACUGAAUUACUGUCAUUCCUUGAUUGCCUUGCAGCUCAUUAUUGCUUAUCUAAUUUCCAUUGGCUUCAUGCUCCUCUUCUUCCAGUACUUGCAUCCAUUGCGCUCGCUCUUCACCCACAAUGUAGUGGACUACCUCCACUGUGUCUGCUGCCACCGGCAUCCUCGGGGCAGGGUUGAGGACUUGGAGCCAUCCGUGGAUGCUGAAACAAGGCAAAGCAUUGUCUGAUUCUGUCUCCUGGGUAUUUUGGGAUCGGUUGGGGGUUGCCAAGUACAACUGCAAAAUUGAAGGAGAGGACAAGGCUCAUGGGUGAAUACCCACCAGGUAUUCUGGUAAAGCCUGUCAGAAGAAAGAGCAGCCCCCAAAUAAGUUUUAUUUCCUUAAGAUUGACUACUAUGUUUGGACACCAGGUAUAGCCACUAUAUACCUGGAAGGGUCAGGUUCAUACUCCUCCCACCCAGGGCAGCUAUCUGGCUGCCCUGUGGGAUAACUUACCUCCAUGUACCUAAGACUCCUCUGACCUUCUAGCUCUGCUUAUUUGCUUGAGGCGUUACUGAGCUUUCCCGGGGCUAAGCUGAAGGCGCGGAAUCCCACCAGAAUAUAUCCUGACUGAUCAGAGGAUGUGACCACUAACUGGCUAUGGGACCUUGCCAGGAACAGUCUGAUUAAUGUGGAACCUGUAACUAUAAGCAUGGCUGAGGUCUUUUAAUUCCAAUGGGAAACUCUGGUUAAGAAGAAAACUCCCACUAUUAAAAGAGCUGCUCCCCAAACGAGUUAGCUCUCCAUUAGGGUAUUACUAGUGAUCAUUCAUCAGGGGCCUCUCUUUUCACUCUGAGGAGGGGCUGCAGAGUGGGAUUCCUUCAGGGCCUAAGCCAGAAUGACUCUCCUUCUCAGGGACCUGCAUGGGCCUCCAGCUUGUUGAGUGGAGUGCUUGAGUAAACUCUCUCACUUUGUGUCUCAUUAUCAGGGAUUCCCUCCAACCCAGCUUUUCUAUUCUCUUGGCAUUUUACUACUUGAUGUGGACCUCAGAGAAGCUGAACUGUAGUCAGAAAUGUUUCUAAUGUGUAGAAGAAGUGAAGAUUGCUCUGUGUCUGCUCCUGUCCUGAGUAUUUUGUUGUUUUGGUUUUUUAGGGGAGAGAGAAGCUGGGACAUCAACUUCAUGCUGUUUGGGGUUGGGACGGUGGCUAAUACUCCAAGGCAGAGUGAAAGCAGAGGAAGGAAACCAGAUGUCAUUAAAGCAUUGUCUGUACUGGUUUCUGCCCAUAGGAUUUUAUUUUCUAAUAAGGAGCGUAUGUUUAUAAACCUUCUGCUCAUUCCCACACCCCCAGCGGAUGAAUGCAGUUCUCCCUUUCUCAAGUAUCUCCAUAUUUACGUCUCAUAUAAGUUGGGCAUUUUGAUGGGGAUGUCGGCUGGAUACUUCUGAGGUAACCAAGGAAUUGAAGAUACUAUGGCCAUUGCCUAUUGGGACCAAGUAUCCCAGCAUUUACCUACUGCUUGCUCCUCAGAAACCAGGAAAGUGAGAAGAACUCCUGGUAGCAUGUGCCAGUUGUGACCGCCACAAUGCUGCAAGGAAGUGUGAACAAUCUGCCCUAAGGCUUCUCAUCCUCAUCCAGUUUUACUCUUGGGGUCCUGCUAAGAAUUUAUCCUUAGCCAUUUCCCUUCCUCUUAUCCAGUGUCAGGAUGUUAUGUUGGGGGAGCUCCCUCUUCUAAGUAGCAGGGAUAUUAGCUAGGAUUGUCCUAUUUCCUGGCAGGUCAAGUGUGGCUUUCCCAUCCUCAGCCACUGUUUGGGGCUAAAAAGAUUGGAUAUUUAAUUUGUGGGAGAGUGAAUUGACUUGCUUUGGAACGGUGGAGAUUUCCUUUUUUAACCCAACUCCCUCAUUCCAUCUUUCAUGUUGAAGAAGAGACUUAGGUUGUUGUCAUGAAAAGCUCACACUGCCGUCUUCUGACUGUGUAUUUCAGAAUUUGAAAGAAAUGAUCUAUCAGACCUCCAGAAGAACACACCACCUCUUUGGAAUUCAAGCAGGAGUUUCUCCCCAGUGGUUAAUAUGCCCUCCAUUAAGAGCAAGAGCAGUGUAGAACUAUAAUUUGGUCCAUAAAAGCCAUGUGAAUCAGCUACUUAAGGGGUGGGUGCUUUGGGAACAUAGAGACACACACUGAGAGAGGCAAGCCAAUUAGAGCUGGAGUGGAGAUAUGCAGGGCAGAAAAGUGUGCCUUGGUCCUGGACCAGGCAUAUUUUUGCCCACUUAUCCUCCCCAGCCUCGGUGACUUAGUAUCCCAGGAACGCAGGAAGUUUAGGGCGAGGGUGUGGAGCAGCUUCUGACCGGAAAAACCUGCUGCCCUUGCCCAAGGAGAAGAGACGCUAGUGACACAUUAUGCAAAUGAACCCUCAGAACCUCCUAUAGGUGGUGGCCUUUCUGUUCCACAGCAAGCUUCUAGAUACAAAGGAGAAGGAAUUGUGGAAUAUGGUGGUAGGGCAGAGAAAGUGCCCCCUUCCAUCUGCGAACACUUCUUUAACUGACUACUUUCUUUUUACUCUUUGAAAUCUUAAAGCAACAUAGGGUAUUUGUAUAGGGGCAUGUCUUACUGAGUGGGAGAGGAGGCAGAGAUGGGGCCAGCAAGUGGGUUUGGAGAAAGGAAGGCAGAAACAUGAAGUUUGGAGGAAAGAGGCCAUUGUAACAACAGAUAUUGUUAAGGAAAUGUAUUAAAUAAACUAUUAGCUGUCAAUUUUAUUUGCUCCAUAAGUGCUUUGAAGACUAUGGACAUAGAACAUACAUACAGUGAGACACUGUAGGAGAAUUGAACAAUAGCUAAUAUUUAUGAACACUCACUACAUGUCUGGCAUGGUGCUUUAUAUGCAUUAUUUCAUUCAGUCUUCAAAACAACUCUCAUAAGGGUAGGUACUUUUAUUCCCAAUUCUACAGAUGAAGAUUCUAAGGCAUAGAAAAGUGAAGUGAGCUGCCCAAGGUCACAGCUAGUGUCAGAGCCAGGAUUCAGUCUCAGGCGCUCUAGCUCCAGAGCUUACACUCUUAAUCGUGACACAAACCUCUAAGUCCUCUUAGGUCCUCUGUGAAAUUAUUUUAAUGUUACUAGUUUCUGGAAUAUUUUUUGGGCUAUGGCUGAGUUCAUAUCAAGCAUUCCUUCCCACAAACACUCCUUAUCAGGGGACACCACUCAGUUCACUCAGAGAAGGGUGAAGUCCUAAAAAGCCUGAGAUGAAAACUGAGUGUGUGCUCACAUGUACUUGUAGGUUGGUAUUGAGAGGGUGGGAGGGUUGGGAAGUUUGUGUGUGGGGAGGAUGGUAGAGGAACCCAUUUCCUUUCUAGUUUCAGGAUUUCGUCUCCUGAAUGUUCUUAAACAUAUACCUUCCAGACCCUGGUUGUGGGAAUAAAACUGAAGGGAGCAAUGCCCACUCAGGUUUGCGUGAAUUCCCUCCUCAGACACAACCAUCAGAGCGGGGCAGGGGCGUGCCAAAGCUCGUUCCCUUAUACUUCCUCUUGCCAGCACUGCUCUUACUCCCUCUGAGAAGCUGACUCCUAGUUCUAGAGCAGACCAGGGGAUGUGGAUGGUCAGCAAUAAUGCCCCUCUCCCAGCUGUCACAGUCCUGAGAGCCUAGGUUGACCUAGGCUCUCUUUCAGCUAGCCCCCUCAAUACCUGUCCCUCACAGGAUCAUGGUUCUUAGCAUUACAGAGUUGGUUGCUACUUCCAAGAGUGAGGGUGGGGUGGGAGGCUGUAGGAUAGGGUACUCACCAGGACAUUCCAUCUAAACCCAUGGGGCUCUGUCUCUGAGGAGUCCUCAGGUCACUUGAAUAAGAUCAGUUGACUCUGGACCCUCCAGAAUAUUUAUCUACCCAAGAAUGGGGAUCCUCAUACUCUGAAGCUUUUGUUAUUGGGCUUUAUUCCUAUCUUCAGGAGACAUAUAUGCCCAUAAUCGUAUCAUGCCUUUCCUCCCGAAGGACUGGCACCAUCAGUCACAUGCUUUAGACCUUAGAGCCUGUGGAGUACACAGGGAAAGUAUGUGUUAUGAGCCUGGGCAACAAUGCAUAUACCAUGUGAAACAGAAGUAGCAAGGCCUACCUGUGGGGGAUGUGAGAACUAAGUGUGAAAAGAACACAUUUCCACAUGUGGAAAUAAUAACUACCAUCUGAAUAGCACUUUAUAAUAUUCAAGGCACAUUUGCACGCCUUAGCUGUGUUACCGAUGUAUCAUUGUUAGGACAAGCCCUCUGAGUUGUACAUGUGGAUUUGCAUUGUUCUAACCUUCAAUUCAUCAAACAAUUAUUAAACUCUUGUUUUGUACCAGGAAAA